AGGUGCCGCAACUCCUUACAACCGCCAUCAUGUGGAAACUAUUCGCCCUGCGGCUUGUUGUCAUUGUUCAGCUGAGCGCCUUGGUUCUCUCUGCUGGUGAAGCGGAUUACACACUUGACGAUUCAUUUUGGAAUGAAGAAAGUCCUGUUGGUGAAGUCGAACGUCUCCUCAAAGAGUACAGACAAAAUCAGGAGCUGGUGCGUCGCAUUGGUGGCCAUUAUUAUCAAAUUAUAUAUCCUGUACAGCUACGCCAUCACGAAAAAAUGGGCAUCUCAACGCGCGAGGUUAGCCCCCCAAAGCCUGGACAACGUCCACGUCCGCACGAUGACAGUGGCUUCAGUCGGGGCAGGACAAAGAAGCAUUUCCAUCGCACGUCGCUGCUUAUCAAGGCGUUUAAUCACAAAUUUCGUUUGGAUCUUGAAUUAAAUUCCCAACUUCUCUCACCAAAUAUACAGCAAAAGCAUUAUCACGUCGGUGGAUAUCUGGUGGAUGGCAAUAGACAUGACAUCGAACACUGCUACUAUCAUGGCACGGUCAAGGACUAUCCCGGAGCCAGUGCUGCCUUCCAUACUUGCAACGGUGUUAGCGGUGUCAUACACAUUGGCAACGAAACCUUCGUCAUUCAUCCCUUCUAUGGCGGUGAUCUAUCGAAACAUCCUCACGUCAUCUUCGAGGCGCGCACCAAGGCCAACAAGGGCUGUGCCAAUUCCGGCAAUCUGGACUCGUGGCGUUUGUCGCGACGCACCAAACACCUAUCGGCGGGCGUGGUCGACGAGAUACACCCGAAUGGCGCUGGACGCUAUAAGCGUGAUGUGCGUGAGGCCACCAAAUACAUUGAGACCGCCAUUAUUGUUGACAAGGCCAUGUUUGAGAAGCGAAACGGUAGCACUCGGGCCGAGGUGAUACACGAUGCCAUACAAGUGGCCAACAUAGCCGACCUGUACUUUCGCACGCUGAACACACGCGUCUCUGUCGUGUACAUUGAGACGUGGGGCAAGAACCAGGCCGUCAUCGAUGGCAGUAAGGACAUAAGCAAGGCCAUCUCCAACUUCAAUGACUAUACCUCGAGGAAUCUGUUUCAAAUCGAGCGCGACACCACACAGCUGCUGACUGGCGAAACGUUUGCCGGCGGUGAAGCUGGAAUGGCCGUGCCAGAGACUGUCUGCACCCCCCGUGCAAUUGGCAUCAGUGUCGAUGUUAACGUUUAUGAGCCGCACCUGCUGGCGGGCACAAUGGCGCACAUGAUUGGCCACAACAUUGGCAUGGGCCAUGACGAUGGACGCGAGGAAUGCUUUUGCCGUGACUGGCACGGCUGCAUAAUGGCGCAGUCAAUUGUCGGCCAGGAGAAUGUACAGCCAUACAAAUUUUCGGAAUGCAGCAAAAAGGAUUAUAUUGACGCAUUGCGCACGGGCCACGGGCUUUGUUUGCUUAAUAAGCCCAACGAGAUCGAAAUGCGACGCAAUUGCGGUAACAAAAUUGUGGAAGAGGACGAGGAGUGUGAUUGUGGCACCUUCGAGGAAUGUGCUCUUGAUCCCUGCUGCGAUGGCAUUACCUGCAAGUUGAAAUCGGAGGCGCAGUGUGCCAGUGGUGCCUGUUGUGAUCAAUGUCGACUACGGCCAAAGGACUUUGUCUGCCGUGACUCGCACAAUGAGUGCGACCUGCCCGAGUAUUGUGACGGUGAAGUUGGACAGUGUCCUGCGGAUGUUUACAAAAAGAACGGAUCACCAUGUGGCACCAGCAAAGCAGGUGUAUCGGGCUAUUGCUUCCAGGGCUAUUGUCCGACACUAACACUGCAGUGUGAGGCGAUUUGGGGUUAUGGCGGUUUCGCAGCCGAUCGCCAAUGUUACGAACAAUUCAAUUCCAAGGGCUCCAUUAAUGGCCACUGCGGUCGCGAUGCAAACGAUCAUUACAUUAAAUGCGAGCCCGAGAAUGUGCAGUGCGGCACAUUGCAGUGCAAGGAGGGCGAGCGCCAGCCCGUCAAUGAUGGCAUUGACCAGCUCUACUCCCGCACCAUUAUAUCGAUUAAAGGGCAGGAAUAUGAGUGCAAAGCCACCAGCGGCCAAGUGGGUUCAAACAGCUAUCCCGAGCAUGGUUUGGUAAAGGAUGGCACACCGUGUGGAGAUAAUUUGAUAUGCCUGAACCAAACGUGCGUUAGCCUGUUUCCACAUGUGGAUCAAACCAAGUGCCCAACAAACAAACAGGGUCAAGAAUGCUCAGAGCGCGGCGUCUGCACCAACUCGAACCGCUGCUUCUGCGAUAUGGGAUGGGGCGGCGUCGACUGCAGCUCCGUCGUGCUGCUAACAACAUCACUGCCAACCGAAGCAAUUCCAACGUCAGAGAGUACAAUCAAAAUGGAAAAGAAAGAGACGCCAUAUGAGAACUACCACGGCUCAAAUACAGUGUUCCUAGUCGGUGUUCUAAUGUCAGUUGUAGGGUUCGUUUUUAUAACAUUCACCUUGAUGGCAUUGUGCUACAGGCGGAAGACGACCACACUUAAGUAUGAUCCGCCAUACUCUAAGAAGCCCAUCGCCAAGAGCUAUGGAGGGGCUGCCACGGCGCCCAAUCAUCAUUCCGUCGAGGAAGUAUCGCUGGAUGGUUCCAGCAAAUUGGUUUACGCCAAUCAGGCGGGAUUCAGGGAUAAAAGCAUUCAUGGACGCCGCUACACAACAGGUGGUGAGGAUGACCAAUCACAUGCAGAAAAGGGUAUUUUGAAGAAGCACGGCUACGGGCUGGUGCAUGGCGAGCAGCUGAAAGACAAAUGGAAUGACGACAGCCAAUCGGACAACCUUGAGCUGAUCACCACACAGGACAGCACACUGGCGUCGGCCAGUGGCGGUGCAGCUGCCUCGGAGGUGGAACGCACGCUCAAAUCCCUAAACGGCUAUCACGAAGACAUACUGGAGGCGUUGCGUAAUGCCGCCUCGCAUCGUGGCACCGGAACCGGCAACACGCCCGUUGGUAGCGGCAGCUUGAGUGAAGAAAUGCUCCGCAAAACAUUGCAGGACUGUACCAGCGCCCAACUAGGCUACACCGCCGAGCCCUAUAAACGGGCCAGUGGCUCCAAAUCGAGCUCACGUGAGAAUAUCUGCGACAACACCGCCGGCCAUGCCAUACUGCUUGAUGGCAGUGGCUCGGCACUGGGCAGCCUGGGUUUGGGCUCCGGCCUGGGCGGUAUGAGUGGCGUGGGUGUCGGUGGUGCCAUGGGACAUGGUGGUGCACUAUUGCAUCAUCAUCGGUCGCAGCAUCAGCUGCAUCAGCCGGCAACGCUGGCGCUGCAACAACAGCAGCAACAGGAUGAGGACGAUGCUCCGUCAACUGGACCGUUGCGUAUACGUAAUCUAGAGGAUCUGAUUAGACAGCUGGAACAUCAUUCGUCACGACACAUGAGUCCCAGUGGGUCUGAGGAUAUACGAAUGUCAGAGACGGAAGCCGAUCGACACUAUAGAUUAGAUAGUUCCGCCGCUUGUAGUGAGUCCUCGCAAGGUUCCAAUCAGCAAUUAGCACAAUCACAGAAAACCGCUACAAUACAUCCGUCUUAUAGUAGCCGCUGUCGGCCCCGAUCCGACGAAGAAUCGCGCUUUGCCUACGGGGCCCGCUAUCGGCAGCCGGCAGCCGCCAGUCGCCACACCACGCAUCAGUCACACUCACCACAUGCAUUUGGCCACCACACGCACCACUCUCAUGCCCACGGACACGCUGCGCAUGGCCCGCACUCGUCCCAUCACUCGUCGCACACGCAUCUGCAUCAGGAUGACGAGGGCAUCUAUGAGAGUGCCGAUCAUCAUGAGCGGGGCGUAAUCGAUGCGCGUCUGGAUCCCCAGGAGACGCCCGAUAGCGAAAGUGAUGACUUUAUUCAAGCUCAACAACAGUUAGCCCGGUGGGCGAGUGAGGAUGUGGUAUCCGUCGUGGUAUUGGACCAACCGCCAUCCGGCACAAUGUCGGAUUCCCAACCAUCCAGCGGCGUCGGAGCAAUGUCGGGGGCAACAACGAGCAACGUUAUCCACCACCAACAUCCGCACCAGCACCACGGCGAUCAUCCAUCCUCCACGGCGGCAGCGGCGGCGGCGGCAGCAGCGGCAGCCAACAGCAACUCCAUAAUGGGUUUGGGGGUCGUACCAAAUGGUAUAAAUGUAAAUCAGAGGGACUACUACCCCUCGCCACCCUCAACGGAGACGGAAAGCAGUGGAAGUGUUAUCCAACCGCCUACACGUCGCACCUUACAGUCGGCAGACACGGAGCUGCAACAGUUGCAGCUCCACCAACUACAACUGCAUCAGCAGCAUCAGCAGCAGCAGCAGCAGCAGCUACAGCAACAAUCCGGAGAUACCAGCAGCAGCAACAACAGUCAAUCCGGACAAAUCAUGGAGAAUGGCUGCUACCCGGAAUAUAAGCACUGAUAGUGCCAGCCGUGCCAGCAGUCUGGGCAGUAUCACUAUUCGCAACAACCGCAACAACAAUAUCAGCAAUAUACACAGCAGUAUCAGCUAUAUCAGCAGUAUCCACAAUAUCCACAGCAUCCAUUGCAUUCACAGUAUCCACAGUAGUAGUAACAAAAACAAAAACAAAAAUUAUUAAUAACAAUAAUAUUAAUAAGCAUAGGCAAGAGUGUGGCCUCCUGCCAGAAAAUGUGGUGAUGGUGAUGGUGUAGCUUAUUGGACUCGAUCUCGACUAAGGCCAUAGCUAAGAUCAAACAAGAUUAGUCCAUAUGGCAGCCAACACACACUCACACUUACUUGCACACACACACACACACAUACUCGUAUAUAUUACAUAUGUGUAAGGCCAACCGCAUCCAUUCAUAAGCUGCGUCUGGGCGCCAUGUUUGAGGCUGACAGUUAACCCGAAAAAGUAACCAUUUAUGUUGAAUUCUACAUGUGUGUGGAAAGGAAAUGAAAACCCAUGAUG